GGUUUGUUAUCAUUGAGCGUCUUCAACGCUACUUUUUACCUUACUCAGAGAAAUCGCUGAUGAAUUUUUUAAAUCCACGUCUAGCAUUCAAUGGUUUUCGUUUGCAACGAAUAAAUAUGAGUGGAGUGUCUAAAAUGAAAGGGCCUGUUCAGGAAGCAAUUUAUUGCGUUUUGAAAGAGCGAUUCGAACCUGUCCACCUUGAAGUGGUUAACGAAUCGUAUAUGCAUAAUGUGCCAAAGGGAGCAGAGACACAUUUUAAAGUUUUUGUGGUGUCCAAUAAAUUUGAAGAGCUAUCCUUACUUAAGCGCCAUCGAUUAAUUAACGAAGCAAUUAAAGAAAAGUUAUCGGGAAAUUUUAUUCACGCUCUUUCUAUAGAAGCUAAAGCACCGCAACAAUGGAAUGUCAAUGACGUUUUAGAUCCUAGCCCAACUUGCCUUGGUGGAUUUGGAAAGUAAAUUAAUUUAAUAGUUCUCGCAAUUCCGUUGUGUUUUAUUUCGAAAUGUAUA